GCGCUGAGGAGCAACACAACAGCUAAACUCUCCUCACACACUCCUGCAGGAGGAGAAUCACCUCCUGGGACUGAGAUAUCGGUUCAUUUGCCAUCUUAUUUUUCUGCCUGUAUGAGAAAAGGGGGCUUUGGAGAAGGGGUGGUGCAUGUGAGCUAGAGCUCCUAUUACAGAGAUCCAGACUUUUUCAUGGCAAGUUUUUUUUGGAAGGUGGGGGGAGGGCGAAAUCUGCAACUUUCUCGCUUGUUCCCUUUACUUUACGCGCAGCCAAAUGAACACUUUGUUUGAGUUUUUACGUUGAUCUUCCGCUUUUUCUCGCCAGGAGGAAAGUUUUUGCUUCUGUUGGGAGAGGUUUCUUUUUCUGGAUAAUGAAGGAAUUCAUUUGGAUCCAGCAGGGAUCGGACGAGGAGUGCAGACUGAAAAAAGUUUGGGAGGAAACUUUGGAGCAGCUUUUCUUCGCCAUGGCUCGUUUGGAAACUUCAAUCUCAUGAAGAAAAAACCUCCUCUGCUGCUUUCUUAGGAAGCUAGAUUACUGAAGAAAUCAACGUGAUCUUUUCUUUUUCUUGUAUUUUUACUGUACAGUUGAAUCUCUUCCCCCCCAAGAUGUCUUCCCAGGCUCGGAGCCCCAUUGUUGGCUUUUACGGGAUGCUUUGCGUCUUGGCUGCCUGGCUGUCAGGCUCCGGAGCUGCGUUGUCUCCAAACGGGACCAUAUUUGAGGAUAACUGCAAGAAAACUACAACAUGUGAGGCUCUGAAGUACAAUACAUGUCUGGGGUCGCCUUUGCCUUAUUCUCAUACUUCUCUGAUCCUGGCUGAGGACUCCAGCACCCAAGAAGAGGCUUUUGAGAAGUUGACCAUGUGGUCUGGUUUGCGGAACGCUCCUCGCUGUUGGUCCGUCAUCCAGCCGUUGCUCUGCGCCGUCUACAUGCCCAAAUGCGAGAACGGCCGGGUGGAGCUGCCCAGUCAGAGCUUGUGUCUGGCUACACGUCGGCCGUGCAGCAUCGUGGAUCAGGAGCGAGGAUGGCCCAGCUUCCUCAAAUGUGACAAAUUCCCUGUGGGCUGCUCGAAUGAGGUGCAGAAGCUGAAGUUCAACACAUCAGGUCAGUGUGAGGCUCCUCUGGUGAAGACGGACAUUCAGUCCAGCUGGUACAAAGACGUUGAAGGCUGCGGCAUCCAGUGUGACAACCCUCUGUUCACCGAGGAGGAGCACAACGACAUGCACGCCUACAUCGCUUACUUUGGCACCAUCACCCUCCUCUGCACCUUCUUCACACUGGCCACGUUUCUCGCCGACUGGAAAAACUCCAACCGCUACCCGGCCGUCAUCCUCUUCUACAUCAACGCCUGCUUCUUUGUGGGAAGUAUCGGCUGGCUGGCUCAGUUCCUGGAUGGAGCGCGCAAAGAGAUCGUAUGCAAGAGCGACAACACGAUGCGACUCGGGGAGCCGUCGUCUUCAGAAACGCUCUCAUGCGUCACCAUCUUCAUCAUCGUCUACUACUCCCUGAUGUCGGGUGUGAUUUGGUUCGUCAUGCUCACGUAUGCCUGGCACACGUCCUUUAAAGCUCUGGGCACGACUCACCAGCCGCUGUCCGGUCGAACCUCCUACUUCCACAUGGUCACCUGGUCCAUCCCCUUCGUCCUCACUGUGGCCAUCCUGGCUAUCGCUGAGGUGGAUGGAGACUCUGUGAGCGGGAUCUGUUUUGUCGGCUACAAGAACUAUAGAUAUCGCGCCGGCUUUGUGUUGGCACCCAUCGGAGUAGUGCUGGUUGUCGGUGGCUACUUCCUCAUUCGGGGUGUCAUGACGUUAUUUUCCAUCAAGAGUAACCACCCAGGACUGUUGAGUGAGAAAGCAGCCAGCAAAAUCAAUGAGACAAUGCUGAGACUUGGAAUAUUUGGAUUCCUCGCUUUUGGCUUUGUGUUCAUCACCUUCGGCUGCCACUUUUAUGACUUCUUCAACCAGGCUGAGUGGGAGAGGAGCUUCAGAGAAUAUGUGCUGUGUGAAGCCAAUGUGACAAUCGCCUCUCAGACCAACAAGCCGAUCCCAGAAUGCACCAUUAAGAACCGUCCCAGCCUGAUGGUGGAGAAGAUCAACUUGUUCUCCAUGUUCGGGACUGGAAUCGCCAUGAGCACCUGGGUCUGGACCAAAGCCACCAUCCUGAUCUGGAAACGCACCUGGUGCAAGAUCAUCGGCCGCAGUGACAAUGAACCGAAGAGGAUAAAGAAGAGCAAGAUGAUCGCUAAGGCGUUUGCGAUGAGGAAGGAGCUCCACAAGGACCCGGAGAAGGAGCUGUCGUUCAGCAUGCACACUGUAUCCCAUGAUGGACCAGUGGCUGGAAUCAAUUUUGACCUAAAUGAGCCGUCCAAUGACAUGUCGUCAGCCUGGGCACAGCAUGUGACCAAGAUGGUGGCCAGAAGAGGAGCCAUCCUGCCUCAGGACAUUUCUGUUACUCCCACUGGUACACCAGUGCCACCUCCAGAAGAGAGGAACAGGCUGUGGAUGGUGGAGGCCGAGAUCUCACCAGAGAUGAUCAAGAGGAAAAAGAAGAAGAAGAAGAGGAAGAAGGAGGUGCGUCCGGUGGAGGAGGUGGCCGACCACCAGGCGUAUCGCCAGCGGGAGUUUGGCCGCAGCUCUGUGCCCCGUCUACCUAAACUGCCCUGUCACCCGAGCCUGGUGGCAAAUCUGAGGGAACAGCAGAGGCAGCAGCAGAAGAUGGAGGAGGAAGUCCUGCCGGGAUCAUACCCCGACUUCCAGCCGUCACACCGUCUGUCCUGUGAGGACAGGUGUUCAUACCUGCAGUAUCAGAGCAGCCGGAGCGGCUACAGUCGCAGCCUACUGUCCAACCCGCUGAACCUCAACGACUGUCCAGAGGAUCUGGGCCUCGGCCCUCGUUGUCAUCCAUCAACCUCCAACUGGCAGCCCAGCUACCCCGCAGAGAUGGACCAGCCUGAUGGGAUAUCAGAGAGAAUGGCCCAUGUAGCUCGAGUACCGGCAGGCAGGAGGGUUGGAUACGGACCCAUUCACUCCAGGACCAAUUUAAUGGAGGCGGAGCUCAUGGACGCCGACUCUGACUUCUGAAAUCAAAGCUCCGAUGUUCUGCACAGACAGUAAGCUAGAAAAAAGUGCUGGAUACUUUCACAGAUUCUUACUAAGGUGCACUGAAUUCCCAACAAUCAGCAGCAAGAUGGAACAAAGCUAGUUUGUCUUUAAUUUCUUUUUAUUUUUAUCUUUUUUUUUAAGUGAAAGGGAUAAAAUGAAAAAAAUAUGUUGUGAAUAAGUUAAUGAAAAAAUAUUUUUUUAUACUUUUAUUUGUGUCCAAUACAUUUUCAAAGGCAACUCCACGAUGACAAGACAAUUAAGGCAGCUAUACUGUGCAUGGCUUGAAACAACACAGAUCUCUUUAUCCUAAUCAAUUAGUAUCAGUUUUAACCUGCUGGUUACAACAUUGAACUCUGUGACACAGUAGGAUUCAGUUUUAUUGGUGCCAGUCAAGGAUGAGUUGCUAAUCGAUCCUGUCAACUUGUUCCUAGAAUGAUGAAAGAAUUUUGAAGAUUGGAAUUUGGGUGACUUUAGAAAACUGUUUUAAAGUCAGUUGUAUUCUUAAUAUUUGAUUGAUUCUUAAUCCAAAAGACAAAAAGCUACACUACCAUCCAAAAGUUUGGAGUCACUUAGAAAUGUCCUUAUUUUUGAAUAAAAAUGGAAAUACAGUCUAGACAUUGUUAAUGUGGUAAAUGACUAUUCUAGCUGGAAACAGCUGAUUUUUUUUUUUCUUUAGAGAAUUUUUUGGGUUUUUUUUUUUUUUUUAGACAGUUGCUAGUAGAGGCAGAUAGAAAGUAGGGGUAAGACCUGCAGCAAAGGGCCGUGAGUUGGACUCAAACCCAGGCCGUUGCGUCAGGGACUAUAGCCCCUGUUCAUGGGUCAGCCACUCAACCAGUUGAGUUAUCUGGGUGCCUGAAACAGCUGAUUUUUAAUGGAAUAUCUCCAUAGGGUUACAGAGGAACAUUUCCAGCAACCAUCACUGCUGUGUUCUAAUGCUACAUUGUGUUAGCUAAUGGAGUUGAAAGGCUAAUUGAUGGUUAGAAAACCUUUGUGCAAUUAUGUUAGCACAUGAAUAAAAGUGUGAGUUUUCAUGGAAAACAUGGAAUUGUCUGGGUGAGCCCAAACUUUUGAACAGUAGUGAACACGCUACCUGCAAAUACUGGUGAGCCCACAUCUUCUCUUGUAUUAUAUUUUAAUGGUUUAAGACUCCAGUGUUCUCUCUUCCCACUACUAUAUAGUCACUAAGUACUUGUGUUUAUGUACAGUUAACUUGAGGCACUAACUCCCUCAUCCUGUUAAUACUAAAAUCACAAAUAAUUACAAAGUGUCCAAGCUUCAAACACUUGGAAACUCAAAAGUACUAAAAGCACAAUAAACUGGGUUUGUUUAUUUUGUCACACAGUUUAAGUCAGAAUUAACCAAAUUAUUGUUGUCCUUGCUUUCUUUAAUUUUUUUGACAUCCUCAAAUAAAUAGUACUUGUUAAGUAGUUACUGAGCUAAAAUAUGUACUAAAUAUUUUGUGUACAUUCUGUUGCCUGGUGCAAUAAUUCAACACUAUUUUUUUGUUUGGAGAAAAACUUACUGCAGUUAUACUGCAUCGGACUGAAUGGAAUGGCCAUGUUUUCCUUAAUGAGCUCUCCUUGUAUAUUUCAGUUUUCCCCUUUGUACAUUUUUAAAAGGUUAUUUUUUUACAUCUAUAUUUCUACUUGUGUUAAUCUGUUGUUUGUAUUCAGUUGAAACUGUUUUUCACUCGUGUGUUCCCUCCUUGUUACAGUUUGGAUGUUUUUUUUCUGCACCACAGAGUCCAUUUUCUAAUCUGAAAAUGCUCCUUUUCUUCAGUCUCUCUCUUUUUACAUGUGUGUAUUGUAUAUAUGCUGUUCAUAGAUUUCUCAAUAUUAAUUGUACAAAGCUGUAAAUCACUUAAUUCUUCUGAUGAGAUGAUAAAUAAAAAGGGAAGAGUCACCUGUUGUAUUAAAAAAAAAAAACUGCCACCGUACUUGUGCUGUAACCAAAAUGCCUCCUGGUGUUUUCAUGUCAGUUUACACUCACUGCGGAUAAAUGAUGCUGAGGUAAACUGCGUUAAAUCACUUCUUAGCCAACAAAAAUAGGUUUUGCAGAAUUUUAUGUUGAGUAAUUUGUGUGAUGAGUAAAAGAGAGAAUUAUUUAUGUUCUUAUUGGUUACCACACUAUCAGUUCAACAAUGUGAGCAAAUACGACCUAUCUGGUGUCCACGUAAUAAGUUCAAGGAUUAUUAAAUAUUAAAUGAAGAUUACUUUUGGAAAUGUUUAUGGCUUAAAAAGCAAUUUUUUGUGUUUGAACACUGUCAAAAGAUUUACUGUGUUGCUUUCUGUGUUUAGUCUCCCAACUGUGUAAAAAAAAAAAGAAAAACAUUUACUGUCACUGUGCAGCUGUACUUAUGUUUUUAUAUGUAAAUAAAAGUAAUCCUACA